UGAAUUUGGCAACUCCCUUUCUUUUUUCAUAUCUAAAUUGGAAAUAAAAUAAAAAAAAAAAAAAUUACCAUAAUAAAAUAAAAUAUAAAAAAAAUGAACCCAGACUUGACUGAAAGACAACAAGACAAAGUCAAACUCUAUGAGCAACAACAGGAUCCCAUGGAUUCAGCAGGUGAGGAUUCCGAGACGGAAAAGCCCGCCAGACGCUCUGGUAGAAGAAAGAUCAAGAUUGAAUACAUUGAAGAUAAAAAUAGAAGACACAUUACCUUUUCUAAAAGAAAAGCCGGUAUCAUGAAGAAGGCCUAUGAACUCAGUACAUUGACAGGUACUCAAGUCUUGUUGCUCGUCGUAUCAGAAACCGGUUUGGUCUAUACUUUUACUACCGUCAAGUUACAGCCCAUCGUCACUAAACCCGAAGGAAAAAACCUUAUUCAGGCUUGUUUAAAUGCCCCUGAUCCCAUGUCCGCUGAACCAUCUGCUGGUGACGCGUCUUACACGGACUCGCCUCGAGUGGAAGAAAAAAAACCUGAAAAGGUGGAUCCACCUGUGAUUCCAGCUCCUCAACCUGCACCUCCUCCGCCACAACAACAACAGCAGCAACAACAACAGCAACAACAACAGCCUUAUAACACUGGAUAUGGUAAUCAAAAUUAUCCUCCUCCUACCAGCAAUAAUUAUCCCAAUUAUAAUAUGGCUCCCACUGCCAAUAGCGGUAAUGGUAAUAAUAAUGCUCCAGGUGGACAGGCACCACAAGCCUAUGGCCAAUCGCCCCAACAGCAACCACAACAGCCCUAUGGUCAGAUGGCUCCUCAACCUGGUUUCUAUGGUAACGGACAACCACAUUAUAUGCCUCAUCCCCAACAACAACAGCAACAGCAACCAGGUGGUUAUUGGCAACAAGGUGGUGCACCGAGACAGGAACCAAUGAUCAAAGAUGAAGGAAGGAGAAAUGCUAAAUAACGCCCCUUUUUUUUAUUAUUACUAUUAUUUUU